UGAUGGUGAAUCAACGUUUAAGGGAGAUGGAUCCAGCCGUUGAGGAGCCAUUUAAAAUUGCGUUGAUAUCUACAGAGAUAAUUGACCACUAUAAUCUAAAAAUUGAGAUUGUGAGAUUGGAAAAACCCAUCCUAGAACACCUGAAGGAGAUCAAGCCUGUUAUCUUCCUUUCCACAAACGAACAGAAUGUGAGAGAGGCCAUCAGUGCAGGAUACGGAGCAGCCACUAUGUUCCAGAGAGAUUACGAUGAGUACAGUGAUGAAGAGUUACGUGUGGCCUUUGAUGGUGAUGGAGUCCUGUUUUCAGAUGAGUCAGAGAAAGUCACCGCAGAGAAAGGUCUAGAGGCUUUUAAACAAAAUGAGCGUGAUAAUGAGGCCACACCUUUGGCACUGGGUCCGUUAAGUGACUUUUUUAAAGCUUUGGAAAGUCUCCAGAAGACACACCAAAUGAUUCAUACUUACUUGGUAACAUCACGCGACCCAUCAAGUCCUGGAAUCAGAGCCCUAAAGACUCUUCAGGAGAACAAACUGGAGAUAAAUGAGGCAUUCUUUCUGAGUGGUGCCCCUAAAGGGCCUGUGCUGAAAGCAAUCAAUCCUCACAUAUUCUUUGAUGAUCAGAUGACACAUAUUGAAGGAGCCCUUCAAAAUGGGGUUAUUGGUGCUCAUGUACCUUAUGGUGUGAAGAAUAAGAAAGAAUAAAACCUAAUCUUACA